AUGGGGUUGAGGAUGACGUACACGUGGUUAUCCCCACUGGAAUACACCAAUUCUUCAAUCCUCCUGCGGGUUAUUGCACCUUCUUUAAAGAGCAAUUUGUGGCUUGCCUUCGUCUUCCUCUCCACCCUUUCUUUUUCAACACGCAAGGCUCGGCCACCUCCCAAUGAUUCUGAUUCGGAUGACCAGCCAUUGGCUCAGAGACAUCGACGCCAAGCCCCUCAUCCUGUGUCAGAUUCAGACCCGUCUUCUAUCCCUUCUCCUUCACCUCAUGUGGCUGUCACCUCUCCUCCUCCGCCCCCUGUUGCUACUCCGCCUCAUGUCCCGAGCCAGGCAAAUGUUCCACCUGAUCCCCCCACAACUCCAGUUGAGCCUUCCAUUGCUCCAUCUUCUCCUCCAGCUCAACCUCCUACUCAACCCUCUACAUCACAGCAGCACCAGAACACCGAGGCCGACCCCUCGCGUCGCUCCCCGCCAUCUACCUCACCUCCAGAGCCAUCCUCUGUGCCUCCAUCAGCUCCUUCUGGGUCAGCUGCCGGGCCUUCUAGCUCCGCCGCGGGGCCUUCACAACCGCCCCCACCUGUCCCUCAAUUUUAUCGUACCACUGCUCCAUCUGAGAUUGGGAUGCAUUCACGACACGAUGUUUCCACCAGCUUCUUGAUAAUGAAAGGUCGCUUAGCCACUUUAUGGGGAGAAAGCAUGCAUCAGAUGGAAAUCUUACCGCCCCCUGCCCAGAUGGAGAGAUUCUCUGAGCUAUAUAUCAAGGCUAGCCAUGCCUUGAGGACCGAAAUAAAAGAGUUGACCAAAAAGAAGAACAGUCUAGAAGUAUCCCUAGCGCGGGCCAACCAUGAACUUAAAGGUCUCAAGGAAGAGAAAAGCCAAGUCGAUAUUGUGCACCAGCAAAGCAUGGAUCAACAAGCUUUAGAGCAUCAGCGGGCUAUUGAUCAACUGACCCAGAAGCUGAGAGCCGCCGAAACUUUAGCCCAAGAACAUGAAAAGAAAUUAAAAUCCCAAGCAACCCAACUGACAUCCCAAGCAGCAGAACUAUUGACUACCCGAAAUAAACUGGCUCAGGCGCGGACUACUGCAGAAGGAGUAUCGACAACCCUGACCCUUUAUAAAGAAGGAGAGAAUGACCGCUGUCAACAGAGCCACGCUCUGUGCCUGCAUUCUCCGGAAUUCUGUACCCAAGAAGGGCAGCGCUUCUCCACUUCUGUUAUUUAUGGUGCAGCCGGGGCUCUGCGUCAACUUUAUGAACAAGACUAUUUGAAGUCAGCUCUGUCUCCUGAAUUUUUAGAUCAUGACCGGAUCCUUAAAGAGAUCCCAGAUGAAAUUUUUGCUCCUUUCAAGUGA